GAGUAGAAUCAGUAGGCAAAUCAUUCGUAGUCAACAUCGAAUUGUUUUGAAGUACGUUUUAUUUUCAUUUAUCUUCAAAAUAAGAGCAGAAAGUUACAAUAAUGCCUGCAGAAAAGCCCCCGGAAAUCAAAUUUCCCAUGCAUAAUGUACACUUGAAGCAAACGUAUGGCAAUAUAAAAAUGGCUUGCACUUUGGCCCUGAUAGCCCCACUGCUUCUGUACACUUUCAACAAUAUUCCACGCAAAAGGAAGUACAGGAGUUUCUACUCCAAAUACGAUCCGAUAGAUGCUUUUGACCGCAUGAUGAGUGGAGGCUACCUGUCAUCCUGCCCGCCGGGAAGUGGUCCAAAAAAGGAUGAUAAAAAGGAUAAAAAGAAGAAAUAGGUCGAUUUACCUGAAACGAAAUCUGACACGAUUCUCAACUCAUAGAAAUUGUGCAAUUAUCACACAAUUUAAAUGCAACUUAUAAACUUUAUUAAUUUUCAAAGCGAAUGCUUACAAGAAUUAUUUGACAAAUUAUUCAAAUUAACCUGCUUUCUUCUUUAACGUAACGCCCUAAUAUGCAUUCUCUUCAAUGGACCUAAAAUAGAAAUAUAAAUUCAAAAGAAAUUACUUCAGUUUUUAAGUAAUCUGUAUCCGAAAACUAAGAUAUUCUAAUAAAUUGGAGCAUUGCAAUCUA